AUGAAUUCAAGAUCACAACCAAUAGGUGGAGGUGGAGGUGGUGGUGGAUCGGGAGUGUCAACCAUAGCAAGAGGGGAGACACUCUAUCGAGACCAACAAUACUUUCAAAAACAAAUAGAAACAAAGACCAAUCAAAUGUUGGACAGCUUUCACGAAAUCAUAAAGAUCAGUAAGAUCAAUGAUUCUCCUCAAAAUGUAUCUGAAGUAUUUCAAAUGGAAACAAAUACUACUAGUAUUUUAAAUUCAGCAGAAGGAUUAUUAAGAAUCAUUGAAGAGUUGAAACAAAACAUUAUAUUAAAUGAUUUCUCAAACAUGAUGGAAGAGGUUAGAGUUCAGAAUGAAGUCUAUAAAAAGAUGAAUGAUCGUACGACAAAGAGAAUCAAGGAUCUCUCAGAUGACGUAUCUCGUGGAUUGGCAGAAUUAGAGAAUGAAUAUUAUACAUCAGACUAUAAACAACUAAAUACAUCAACAACAACAACAACAAAGGAAAAAAAGAGAGAAAGAGAUAGAAAUAUAUAUUUACAAAUGUCACAAUCAAAUAAUACAGGAGUUAUAUCAAGUGUAACAUCAACAUUAUCAUCAACAGGAUCAUCAUUAUCAUUAUCAUCUAUAAGUCCAUCAUCAUUGAUUGUUGGUGGAUCGAGUAGUAAGAUUAUCGAUGCAUCGAGAAAAGGCAAUGUGGAGCAGGUGACCAAGCUACUCAGAAAAGACAUCAAAAAGGCAGAAAAGAGAGAUGAAAAGGGAGACACUUGUCUACACAAGGCUGCCAUGUUUGGACAUUCCGAGUGUGUAGAAGCUAUAUUGAAAUGGGCAAUGUCAUCCAACAUCAACAUGGCUACACCAUUGGUACAUGCCAAAAACAAUGAAGGUUACACUGCAAUCAUGUACGCAGCUCUGAAUAAUUGGAAAGAGUGUGUAAAGAUACUCUUACAUUAUGGUUCAGAUGUAAAUGAAAGAUUACCUCAUAAUCCUGGUGUACCUUUAUCUUAUUCAAUUAAUAAUGGAACAGGAUCAUAUGUAUGGAGGAUUGAAAACUUUUCAAAGAUUAAAGAUAGGAAAAUAUAUAGUAAUACAUUUCAAGUAUCUGGGUAUAGUUGGAAGUUGGUAGCCUAUCCAAAGGGAUCUAAAACCGAUGAGAAUCUAUCACUUUACUUGGAGGUUGCAAAUCAUGAUUCUUUACCUGACGGGUGGAGUCAUGUUGUUCAUUUUUCAUUUACCAUUAAUAAUCAAAAUGAAUUGAAAACUAUUGGUACAAUUGGUUCAAGUGGUAGUAGUAGUAGUAGUGUUGGUGGUAAUAAUAAUAAUAAUGUAAAUAAUAAUAAUAAUAAUAAUAAUAAUAAUCAUAGUCAUAAUAAUAAUUCAAAUGGAAAUGGAUUUGGUGGAAAUGGAUAUGGUAGUAGUAGUAGUACAUCUACAACAUCAACUUUAUCAAUUACAUCGUCAUCAUCAUCAAAUAAAGAUGGUAAUAAUAGCAUAAAUAAUGGUGGAGAUUCUAAAAAUAAGAAAACUGCAAGAGAUGUAACAGCUCAUAGAUUCCAUAAACAUCAUACCGAUCUUGGAUUCUCACAAAUUCUAAAAAAAGAUGUACUUACUAGUAACAAGAAAUCAGGGUAUCUAUUAAACGACACUUUGGUCGUUGACUUUAGGAUAGAGGUUAUUCCUCCCAUCUAUAUAGAAGAGGAUAAUUCAAUGACCUACACUUGGAAACUUCAAAAGGUUUCAACACUCAAGGACAGGGCUACUAGUCAACCUUUUAAAGUUGGUAAUUGUAGAUGGAUGAUUGCAGUCUAUCCAAAAGGAAAGAAUGGAAACAACUAUCUAUCAAUCUAUCUAAAGGUUGCCGAUAGUGAAACAUUGAAAAACUUAUCACCCGAUUGGUAUUAUCUUGUAAAUUUUAAAUUCUCAAUUAUCAAUCAAAUUACUGGUCAAAAAACAACUAGACAAGUUGAAGGUAAAAAGUUUAAACAUCAAAUUGAAGAUUGGGGAUUUCCUCAAUUUAUGAAAUUACAAUUAUUAAAUGAUGAAACUUCUGGAUUUAUCAAUUAUGAUGAUGAUUCAAUGCUUAUAGAAUUACAAAUGGAUAUUGAAAAUCAACCAGAUAGAGGAUUAACAUUAUUACAUUGGUUUGCAUAUAAAGGAGCUCAUGAUUAUAUGAGAUUAUUAUUAUUGGGAGGAGCCAAUCCAAAUGUAACAGAAACAAGAGGUAGAACACCAUUGGAUUGGUGUUCUUAUAAUGGAGAUGUACAGGGAGCAGAGAUUAUGUUGACAACUGGAAUGGCAGAUGUAAAUUGUCGGGAUUUAGAGGGAUAUGGUCCUUUGCACAAGGCAGUGAUGAAUGGUCAUCUCGAACUAUCAAAACUAUUGAUAAAGUAUGGUGCCUAUAUCAAUGCAAAAAACCUGUUGCGUGUUUCUCCACUCUCUCUUGCCGUUAGAGUUCAUAGACUAUGGUGUUUUGAAAGUUUGAUAAAGAAUGGAGCAGAGAUUAACAUGUCUGACAAGAGUUCUAGAUCAUCAUUACAUUGGGCCGUUUGUAUGGGUGAAUCAAAACUAUUUUCAAUGUUGUUAAAAUAUGGUAUUGAAUCUCAACCCCAACAACCCCAACAAAUCAAUAAUAAUAAUAAUUUUAGUAAUAAUAACAAUACCAAUACUGGAAUUAGUAUUAAACAAGUAAUUGAAAAUAAUGCUUGUGUUAUUGAUGAUGUUGCAGUUAGUAGUGAGCAAGAUAUGACAGAGAUUAAUGAUAUUCAAUCCGAAGGACAUGACCAUAUACAGGCAUUUGGUGAAAAUGAAAGUAGUGGAGACGACUCUGAAGAUUCAACCAUGAAUCAUAUGCAACAAAUAUCAAGUCCUACCAAUAAUAGCAAUAAUAUCUUUGAAUCUACCUCUUCUUCUACUCUUCUCUCUUCAAACGCUUCUUCAAGUAAUACAACACCAACCACUACCACAGCAACAACAACAACAACAACAACUAUAUCAACCAAUUCAAUUGAUGAAGGUCAAAUUUCAAUUUCACCACUUCAAUUAAAUGCAAAAGAUUCAAAUGGUUAUACACCUCUACAUAUAGCCAUUAUAAAGGGUAGAUUGUAUUUUGUCAAAAAACUGUUGGAAAAGGGAGCGGAUCCUAGAGUAUCCACCAAACAAAAUGAAAAUGCUCUCCACAUUGCCAUCACCUCUAAUGAACAUACAAUCGUUCAAUUGUUAUUAGACAAUAACCCGUCACAUGCUCAAGAAUUGCUCAAUCAAUUUGAUUCAAAGGGUCGAUCACCCCUUCACCGAGCAAUCAUCAACGGUAAUCCUCCUCUUGUCGAACUUUUAGUUUCAAAAGGUGCCAACGUUAACCUUUUCAAUCCAAAUACUUCAUUGGAAUGUACCACUUCUCCAUUGGCAGAUGCUCUCAAAACAUCUGACAUUUAUUGUAUUAUUUUACUUUUACAAUAUGAUGUUGAUGUUUAUAAAUAUACUAGAAGUUUAAUGAAACUUUUAUCAAAGAAAUUAAAACAAUUACAAACAAGAGAUAUUGAUAGUAUUAUACCAAAAUGUGUAGAUAGUCGUUUAGGAAGAGAAUUAAAAUAUUUGGUUAAUAAUCAAGGUUAUCAUGAUGUAACGUUUGUAGUUGAAGACAAAUUGAUUUAUGCAUGGAAAGGUAUUCUUUGUGCCAGAUCAGACUAUUUCAAAGCAAUGUUUGAAACACCACUUUUGGAAAGCUCUCAAUCCAAGGUUAAAAUGGAAUCGAUCACUCAUACAACAUUUUUAUUGGUGAUGGAAUUUCUCUAUACAGACAAUAUCGAUAUUGGUGCAAUGGGUUUGGAUGACCUGAUGAAUCUUCUUUUUGCUGCCAAUCGAUUCAUGUUGACCCGUUUAAAGCAACUUUGUGAACGUACCAUCAUCUCUCACCUGACUGUUGACAAUGUAUUCAAUUUUGUCAAAAUAUCAGAUCUCUAUGGUGCAGAUACUCUCCUCUCAGAGUGUGAAUAA